UUUUAUUCAGAAGCGAGCUAUGUUUGCGAACGGUCGCCUUCGCGAUAAAGGAUAACAUAUGAUAAAAGUCUAAAAUUCUAUAAAAUAUUUUUAAAGGCUACAGUAGAAAAACGAAAAUACGUUUUAAGUGCCGUGGUUUAAACUCUAUUAAUUGAAUUUUUGUUUAAAUAAUUAACCAAGUGAAAAUUAAAGGAUAUCAACAGUUCUUUAUAUAAAAAAAAACAGUAAAAGUUAAAUAUGAAGGACUUCGGAAAAAUGUUCUCGAGUCGUUAUAGUGCGGUUUGUGUAAGCGAAGACGAUGAAAUUAAUCAGCAGCAGUCAAUGACGACGACAGAUUCAACAGGCUUUCAAUGCAUUGAUCCUGCAACAACAACAACCGCCAUAGCUGCAUUGCAUCGUGCGCAACGCCGAAAGAGUCUCAAGGUAAAUCGUUCUAUGCAUCCAAUGAGUAUUUUGAGCGGCUUUUUCAUCGAGACAAACCAAGGAAACCGAAACAGAGUGCCUACGCGUACAUUUUUACUGCUAGCAGUCGGGUUUUUGGCCAUAACAACCGCGGUGCUGGUAAAAGUAUUUCAGCCCUAUGAUUUAAUAUUUAAAUGGAAGUUAAUAAUGGAUGAAGGGGGAGAAAUUUUCAACCUUUGGGCACAACCACCUGUUGAUUUGUAUAUAAAGAUUUAUCUAUUUAAUGUAACAAACGCCGCAGACUUUCUGGCGGGUCGCGAACAGCUAAAAGUAGAACAAGUAGGCCCUUAUGUGUAUAAAGAAAUAAUGACUCAUGAAAAUGUAGUAUUCAAUGAGAAUGAUACAAUGUCUAGCACACCUAGUCAUCCAUUAGUCUGGCAACAGCACUUAUCUGAAGGACGACGUGAAGACGAUCCGGUUGUAAUGCUUAAUAUUGCUAUGCUGGCUAUAUCACAUCUUACGGCCAACCAUCCGUUUUUUGUUCGAAUGGCUUUAAAAACUCUACUUGUGAGUACGAAGUCGGAACCCAUAGUUCAAACCACUGCCAAGGAAUUCAUGUUUGGUUACCCGUCAGCGUUGGCUACAUUGGGCAACACCUUUUUACCUAACUGGAUAUCCUUUGAAAAAGUGGGACUUAUAGACCGCAUGUAUGAUUUUUCAACGGACUUUGAGACCUUUUAUACGGGAAAGUCAAAUCCGGCAGAGUCUGGAUUGUAUGCAACUUACAGAGGAGAAACAACGUUACCUCAGUGGGAGGAUGAGCAUUGUAGCAACAUUGAACACGCUUCUGAUGGCACCAAGUUCAAAAGUUUUCUUUUGCCCAAUGAGACAGUAAAGUUUUUUCGGAAAAGCAUGUGCAGACCCAUCCACUUGUACCGAGUUGGUGAAAAGAAAACAUUUGGCAGGCUAAGUGGCUACAGUUAUGUGUUUGAGGACAACGCUUUUGACAAUGGAGUGACCAAUACUGCCAACAAAUGCUUCUGUAGAAAAGGUUAUUGCCAGCCUGUAGGAUUAAUUGACGUCACCGAUUGUUACUAUGGAUUUCCAAUAUCUCUGAGUUUCCCUCAUUUCAUGGGGGGCGACGUCGGACUAAAAAAAAACAUAACCGGCAUGAAUCCUGAUCCAGCCAUGCACUCUUCAGAAUUUAUAAUUCAACCGGAAUCAGGAUUGCCACUUUCGUUGUCAGUAAAAGUGCAAAUAAAUAUGCACUUUCAAAAUUUGAACAAUUAUCAGGCUGUUUCGAAAUUCAGUCACCUGACAGUGCCCAUGCUUUGGUUUGAGAUUAUGAUGCCUAAGCUUCCGGACUUCCUAGACUCCCGCUUUAACUUUUAUCUGAACCUACUGCCGUGGGUUAAUCCUUUGUCCUUCUGGAGUGCACUUUUAUUAGGAGUAGGUUUCCUUGGAUGUGCUAUUACCAAGGCCACACUACAAAUGUCUAAUUACGCGCGCAAGACGACCUCCAUUUCCGAGAGAAAGUUUGCUCGGGUCAAUAUUAUUCAAAAUCUCUCAGGUGUGGCGCCCAAUCAAGCUCCCGGAGCAUGCGAAAUGAAAUUGAUUAAUGAUCGACUAGAAGACAAACAUACAAUGAAACCAUGUGACGAAAUAGAUUCAAAGUUUCAGGAUCUACGUAGGUUGUCGAAAUUAGCUUUGGAAAUAGAACCAGCUUUGUCAGAUUCCGAGGAAACCACCGAGAAUGAAAAAAGCAGCAAAACACCAAAUUCUAAAUCGAAUGUUUUAAGCGUUUGAAGUAAUACUGAAAAAUAAAACUAGGAUCUGCAGACUUCGGAUUUUUUCAAACUGGAAAUAUUGUUCAAUAGUGUGGUUACCAGCUGUUCUUCUUCUAUACGGAGCCUCAGAUACCAGAUAAAUAAUGAACGCGAAGGAUGGAUCAUAACUGACUGAUUGUAUUACAAAUAAAAAAAUAAGCUUGGUUGUUCUGGUAACAUCUUUGAAGCAUAUAAUGUUAUAUAUUUCAAAGUUUGGUUUGCUACUGUGAUAGGUUUGGGAAAAAAGAAAAAAAAAUAAUUUUAGGAACUAUGUUAAUAAAAAUCAAUCUAAAACAAAAAAAAAAUCCAACAAUUGAUGGGAAACAAUGAUAAUUCAAUUGUAUGUGCCCAUUAAUAAUUUUACAAGAAAAAGUUUACGAUUUUUCUAUACUUUAAUAAGGUUACGUACGUAAGGAGUAUGUUUAAAUUUUUUAAAUAAUUAUAUAGAAGAGACUUAAAAAGUCAUGAAUAAAAAUAAUUUUUGAAUAUUUAGAGGAA